AUGGCUGGCUCUGGCAAGACGUCCUUUGUGCAACGCAUUCAUGCGCACCUGCACCAGAAGGAGCGACCCACGUACCUCGUCAACCUCGACCCAGCCGUCUACCAGGUUCCUUUCGAUCCCAACAUUGAUAUCCGUGACACUGUCAACUACAAAGAGGUGAUGAAGCAGUAUGGUCUUGGGCCCAACGGCGGCAUUGUGACCAGCCUCAACCUGUUUGCCACAAAGUUUGAUCAGGUGAUGGCGUUGUUGGAGCAACGCUCUCAAACACACGACUACAUGAUUAUGGACACGCCAGGCCAAAUUGAGGUCUUCACCUGGUCUGCCUCGGGCCAAAUCAUCACCGAGACCUUGGCCUCAACCUUUCCCACCGUUGUCGCCUACGUCGUGGAUACAGCACGAUGCGUCAGCCCCGUCACGUUCAUGUCCAACAUGCUCUACGCCUGCAGCAUCUGCUACAAGACCCGCCUUCCCUUUGUCCUGGUGUUCAACAAGAGUGAUCUCGUCGACGCCCAAUUUGCCUUGGACUGGCUCAAGGACUACGAGUCUUUCAACGAAGCCAUCGCCUCAGAAACCACAUACAUUGCCACCCUGGCUCGCUCCAUGGGUCUUGUCCUCGAAGAGUUUUACACCCAACUCCGCGCCGUCGCUGUGUCCGCCUUUACUGGGGCUGGCAUGGACGACUUUUUUGAAGCCGUUGAUGCCGCUGUGGUCGAGUACAAUGAGGAAUACAAGACCAUGCUGCAAACACUGCGUCAAAAGCGGGUUGAAGCUGAAACAAGUGAGCGUCAAGCUCAGCUGCGCCGCCUCGCCGAGGACAUGCAAUCUGGUGGCCACACCAUCCUCAACGCCCGGCCUCCGUUGGAUCCCUCUGAAGAUUCCCGCCUCGAGGAGGAAUCGGGCCGCAUCAUGGCCUCGUUCCUGCGCUCUCAGCAGUUGCCCCAUGACGAUUUGGACGACGACGAGGAGGACGACGACGAUCGUCACCACCGCCACAGAUAAGAGCCGAAGUACCGAUGUCUUGCGUGGUUGUCAUCACCAGCGGCACCACAGGUGCUUUUUGAGGGAAUGGUGAUGUAAAACAAUGUUGGAGCAAGGGCCUGCGGCCCGCAAAUAGACAGUGAAUUGCGCCUCGGUACCUGCCGUCCAGGGCUGCACUGCGGCACAAAAGUCUGCCUUUUGGCCACACUGACUCGCCACUAGCACCAAUUGACGUAGUGUGUC